CCUGUUUUUCUGCUCAGGGGUUGGCUCAAUGACUGUUUGAUAAAAAUAUGGUUGGAAAUAAUUACUUAGCAACACUGAGUUUUAGCUAACAACAAGAAAAUCUCAAUAUUUCUUGUAUUUAUCAAAAAAUGAAAAAUAAUUGUGAUCGUAGGCCGGAAUUUCUUAAUUUGUGGUGUUAUUAAUAAGAUGUAAUGGUUUGACUUUGUUGAAUCCGGAACAUUUCAACAAUAUGUCUGAAGACUCGAAUUCCAUUUCGAACAACCUCUGUAUAGCAGAGGAUGCAUUUGAACAAUUUCAAGCAGUUUCAAUGUAUCAGGAAAAAGAAAUCAUUACACUACCCAUUCAAGCAUCAGUGCAACUUAAGGAACCGGAUCCCGGCGAAAAAUUGACCCGUUGUGCCACUGAGACUGUUGUAAGUACGGAAAAAGAAGUAAACAGUACAGUCAACAACACUAAAAAGGUAGAAUCUUCACGAUGCCAAGAGACUUUAGGUGUUUCUUCUUCGGAAAACUCUGAAAACAUCAACGAUUUUGAUGUAAGUAAAAACAACCUCAAUAGUAAGCUUAAGCCACAAUCGGCCACUAAAAGAGGUAGGAAAAAGAAGGUAAACAAUAUCAACACAGGCACUAGUAAUGUAAUUAUUCUUGGUACAAGAGAAAGUUGUGAUAAACAAUUAAAACCUGAAGAAGAAACAUCUGUGGCCAGUAGUACUCCACCUCCAAAAAGAGGAAGGAAGUCCAUAUCAAAUACCCCUGAUGGUAAUAAACCUUCCGGAAUGGAUCAGGAUAGUUCAGUUAUUUCUAGCCCACCAUUAAGUUCUGACCUUGAUAACUCGGACUUACUUUCUAUUGUGGUUAGGAGAAAGCGAGGUCGGCCAAGAAAAGCAUCUAUUACGAAUGAGACCAUCCCUAAGCCACCUCCUAGUGAUAAAAUUAGCGAUACAAUACUACCUCGGAGGAGAGGUAGACCAAAAAAACAGAAAAAUGAUAAUAGCCUUUCCAGCCCCACAAAUGACAAGAACAAUUUAUUAGGAGAUGCAACAAACAUAGAUUUAAAUAGUUCGGAAUCUACGGAUGGUUUAAAAAAAGGACAAGAACAAACUGAUAUUGUAAUCAAAACUGCAGAAUGUAAUAUAAAUAUUGAGAGUGACUCUACUAAUGACGAUGACAUCUGUUUAAGUAAAUUAAAAACAAAUAAGAAACCAAUUCCUAAUGAUCAUUUAAGUGAAAAUGGUGAAAUAUGUAAAAAUGAAAAUAAUUCUGGAAAUACUGAUCUAUCCAAGCUGUGCGGUAAAACAGAAAAUGGAUCUUCUUUAACAAAGAUUGAACCUAGUAAAGAUAUCAUUAUUGUCAAGAAGUCAGAUUCAGUUAAAUGUGAUUUACCAAACACUGAAAUUAAUAGCACAGUUAGAGUCUCGCCUACUGAAGAUCUGACUAUUCUUGAUGUAGAAAGCAUCAAUGACAUUGAUGAUACUUUCACAAAACAGAAUAAUAAAAUGCCCAUAAUUACUGACAUUGACAGUAUCAUGGACAAAGAAAUCACAGCUGCUGAAGAACAUCCUGAGAAUUCUGCACUUGUGGUAGAUACUUCUAAAAGACCUGUCCGCAGAAAAGUUCCCAAGUUGCGUUACGAUGAAGGAUCUGAUGAAGAUCCCUUUGCUAAUAUUGAGCUAUCUGAUGAUGAUGAUGAACCACGGAAUAGGAAAGGUAACAGGUAUUACUCUGAUGAUGAAUAUGUACCUGGUAGAAGAGGAAAUAAAGAUAUUGAUUCGACAGAUAGUGAAGCCCAGGCAUUAUUAAAUGAAACGGUGAAAAAGCAAAAGAAGAAAAGGUUACGUAAGAAGUCAGAAAGCCGAUCUCCAAGAAAGAAAGGAAAGCAGCAAAGCAGCAGCUCCAAACAAAUUAAUCAGGAUGCAGAAAGUGAUAUAGAAAUAUGUGUACCAGCUACUACUUCACAGUCAAGUGACGUUGAGAUAUGUUUGCCAAAUGCAGCGGGUGAGAUCAAUGAUGAAGCGCAAUCACAACCAACAACUAAUUCAAAAACUUGGGGAUGUAGUAAUGAGUUUGAAAAUUUCAUUGCUAAAAAAAUACAGGGUACUAAUUUACAAAUAAAAAAAGUUUCUGCCACAGAUUCUGGUGAGAACAAGACUCUUGAAAUACCUGUAAUCGAUCCCGAUGCCAAGAAAAGUGUAGAUAUGUGGUCACAAACUAAUAAAAUAGACACUGCAUCUACUUUUGUGCAAACCAAAUCACCGUUUGAAAGCAAGAUGAAGAUAAAUGUUAAUUUAACAUCUGAGCAAUCCCAAAGUGCAUGUUCAUUCCUCAAUGGUAUUGUGAAAAUGACUUCGGAGUUAGGAACAUUAAUGAUAGAGAAAUCUGAAGAUUUCAUGAAAAAGAAAAUUAAUACAACCCAUGUUACCGACACCAUGAAAAUGGAUUAUUGUGUACGGAAAUCAUUCUUAUUAUUUAAAUUAGCUAAACAUAAUCUUGAAAAGAUGGAGGAAGAUUUAGAAAGUCAAUAUGAACAAUUUUUAGAGGCGCAUAAUUUAACAGCAUGUAGAGAAGUAGAAAAAGAAAUAGCACCAUCAUCAAAAAAAGAUAAUAGUGAUAGUGAUUGUGAAAUUGUGGACGAACCGGUUGUGUCGACUCCUGUAAAUAAAUCUAAAGAAAAACCUAAAUUCAAUCCAAAAACAGUGUUUCUCAACAAAGAACUUUCAAUUAAAAUUGCUAAAAAACCAACUGAAAAUAAAACUCUUGAUAUCAAGGGGCGCCAUACAGUUUGGAUAAACGACACAGUGAUGGUAAAAAAAGUAAAGCCUACGCAGUCUUUUUUAGCCCAGGACAGCCGAAAUAAAAAACCUCCUGAUAAUAAAAUCACCACAAAAAUGGUAAGUGAUUUUUUCACGAAUUAUUAUCGCCGUCAGAAAGCUAUUUCUAUUUGUGCCCCUUUUUUGACCACAAACUGGUUGAAUGUGACCCAAGAAUGUGUGUGUAAUUAUUUUGUUGUAAAACAAGAUCAAUUUAAUAAUAACGACUAUACUGCAAAUGUUGGAAUUAACACAGAAAAUAAUGCCAGUACUUCAGAAAUAAUUAAUGAUAUUAAGCAGAUACCUAACAGUGCUAAAGUAACAUGCCCCGAGACGCUUCUUCAAUUGUGUAUUCGGAUUGCAAACAAUAAGAUAAAUGAUAAAAGAGCUGUUAUAGAAACUAGUCAACACAUGCAAAAUGAAAUUACAGAUGGGAAAAACCAACCAGAAACAUUAUUCCGACUGUGCCUGAGGGUCCUGACUCAUAGAGCGGUUUACAUCAAGGAAAGAAGUGCGACACACUCAAAAAUCAUAAACCCGUGUACCACAUCAUCUGUACCAUGUCUUAAAACUCUCUGCUACGAGAAAGUGGUGGCACUGCUGCAUUACUCAGCUAGAAGGAAACCUGAGGAACAUAGAAAACAAGAGGAAACAAGGUGCAGUACAGAGAAAACCAAUAAAUUAAUUCCUACCUCUCUAUCAGAAAAUUUACUCUCAUCAAAUAAUAUAAAUAUGGAAAUGCAGUCCCUUAUAUCUAAUUGUGUUGAGAUGCACAGCCCAGAGACUCUUUUGCAAUUGUGUAUUCAGAUUGUAAACAAUGAUAAAAAACCUAAAUGUUUACCCUUUAAAGAAAUUAGUGAACAUAUUCAAAAUACACUUACAUAUGUGGAACACCAACCAGAAACAUUAUUUCGUCUGUGCCUGGAUGUACUGACGACUCAACUUGACAUUAAGGAAAAUAUUGAUCCGGAAUCAAUAUUUCAAGAAUCUCAGAAUAUUAUUAGUGUCUACAAUCCCAAAUCUCUAAAAUUAUAUGCUUACAAAUAUGUGAAACAAUUAAUUUUUGGAGAUAUAAAUGAUUGCUCUUUUGAAACUAAUCAUUUUAACUUAAACCAACCUGACAAUGAAACAAUGAUUGAAGGUUUAACAAUAAAUAGUGUGAAUACACUAUCGGAGGAGGCUUUCUUAAGUCUUGAACAGGCUCAGGCAGAUGACAUUGCACAGGAAUAUUUAGAAGAGUUUGAUGAAAAUCAUUAUGAUGACGGUGACAACUACUCGGAAGCCAUGCCCGAAGAAAAUGAAUCUGAACCGAAUUGGGUGUCUCAGGUGCAGAUGCAAGAACUCAGAUCUUGUACUGUUAAUUGUGAUGAAAAUCAAGAAGAAUUUUCGCCACUUGUUGCCCAAAUCAAAAUUGAACCUAUUGAUGACGAUUUGCCUGACAAUGUUCACUCAUUAACUCAAGUGAAAGUUGAGCCUAUUCAUGCACCUGAUGAAAUGACAAUGAUACCUGAUGUAAAAAUAGAAAGUCUAGAAGACUUGUGUCCUGACCCCAUACAAAAAGACAGCAGUAAGAGUUAUGACGUAGAUACAUUUGAAACAUUCGUUUCUUCUAGCAAAAUUAUAGCUGGGUUACGUGAUGAUAUUUUCAGUCAAAGUGCUUUAAGAGUACACAGACGACAUGAACCUGAUUAUGAAGAAGAUGACACGAGUAUGAGUCUACUUGUACCACAGACAUAUGAACCAUUAAGUAUAGAAACUGCUAAAGGAAGUUUAAUGCAAAGUAGCUCUGACGAAGAUGGUACUAAGAAUAAAAAGGUUGCUGGAAAGAAGAAAGUUGACAAAAAAAGUAAGGGUAAACCGAAGAAACCUGAAGCGAAAGCAAAUAAAGAAAUACCAACAGUUCCAACAAAAGAUAAACCAAGUAGUAAUGAAGUUGCUAAUUUAACCAAAAGAUUGAGAGACAAAAUAAGACAAGAAGAGAAAAAAGAUGACUCAACAGACUCCGAACCCGAAAAUAUACCUGUACGGUCAAGAAAUAAGAAAGAACAGGAAAAGACCAAACAAUCUCAGGCCAGUAAAGAUGAUGAGAUACAAUGCAACAAUGUGGAUUCAACCGAUCAAGUUGAUGAGAAUGCCUCCAGCUUUAUUGGUUUUUCAGCUAUCGACCAGAACGAGAUAUCCACAUACCACAAAUAUAUGAAAUUUGUAUAUGACAAAAUUUUACCAGAAAAGGAAUCUGACAAAGCUAAAACUAAUAAGGUGAAUGAGAAUGAUGAGGAACCUGGUACUAAGAAUGACACACCAUUGAUUGCUAAUGAGCCCAUAGAACUUUUGGAGUGUGAGCCAUUGAUGCCUGUGUUAGAUGAACCACUAAGUAAUAGAAGACAUUCAAGAAAGAACCUGAAAAAAGAUGUAUUACAAAAAGAACAAGCCAAAGUUGAAGAAACAUCCAAGGAAGAAAUCGCAAAACAAGAAGAAAUGCCUAAAUUCAUAGAUCGACAUGGUUGGCACUGCUAUCCGGUGAAUGGGAAUGAUAAAAAACUAUACCUGAGUUCUUCUAUAAGUCUAGAAAAAUUGCCAGAGUCAUUUGUACAGACAUAUUUUGAGUAUCAAGGCAUAACAAGCAAAAGUACUGAAGAUGAAGAAAUAAACAGGUUGACCAACCUAAAUUCUUUGAAUAGAAGUGGUCAAAGCCAGAACCUUGGUAAAAAUAAAUUGAAACCGAAGCAAAAGGAAUUGAAGACUGAACACGCAUCUGAAGCUGGUAGCAGAUCGGAGAGUCCAACUUAUUCAGACCAUCAUGAGUUGGAACCUUCUGAUGAUGAAGGUGCUAGCAUUGAAGAUGAAACUGCACCACCUGUUGCUACAAGAAACACAGAGAAUACUCUAGCAAAGAACCUAUUAAUGAAUGACAAUGAAAGUGACUCGGAUGACGUCACUGGUAAAGUAAAGCAGGAGCCAGUAGAAGAAGGUUAUGAAACUAGGCACAGAAGCAAGAGGAAAAUAGAGAGUACUGUGGACAAAGAGGAUUUAAUGCUCACAGCUGAUAAGAUGAUGAAUAAAGAACUAACGCUGCUACACGCCCCCGUCGUCGUCAAUGAUGUCCACAGUACACCCAUUGAAGGCCCUGUGACGAGGAACAAACAGAAAACCGCUAUGAAAUCUCAACCCGGUAGCAGCACUAAAAUGAAAACUGAAGAGGAUUCGUCGUCGGAAGAGGAGAAGCAAUGGGUCACGACGAAGGAGAAACUUCUCAAAAGAAUGGGCAAGAAGGACCAAGCCAGCCUGGACGAUGCUAAGCGAGCGAAGUUGGUGAGCGAAUUCAUUGAGCGACGCAGCGACCGCGCGAAUACACGAUUGCGAAAGAGCGGCCGACCGCGACGCUCUGCAAAGAAGUUCUUGGAAAGAGAGAAGCAACUUGGAAUACUAUCGAGGGAGUUAUUUGGAGAAUCAACAGAUGCAUCUAUGUCGAAACGAUCUCAAGCAAGUGUGUUCAAGGGACGUCGUAAUAUUAGAAAGGUGAUUGACAAGAAAUCUUUAGCCCGUAGUACUGUGGUAGCUAACAUGGAGGAAUUCGAGAGAAAACGAAGACUGAAUGCUAAACAAACCAAAUUGAGGGAGCUGCUGGGUUGUGAGGAGGGCGUGAACGUGCUAGUCAUUAACGACGAGGUGUGUCUGGAGUACGACUUCGAGGAGAACAGGCCCGUCGUCACCGUUCAUCCCUUCUUCACUAAAGUUAUGAAGGCGCAUCAGUACGAAGGAGUAAAGUUCAUGUGGGACGCUUGCUUCGAGAGUUUGUCUGAGAUAGCGGCGGGGAGGCCGGGCGGGGGCUGCAUCCUCGCUCACUGCAUGGGGCUCGGGAAGACUCUGCAAGUCUUGGCUCUAUUGCAUACGGUGUUAACCCACCCUGGAGUGAAAAUGCAACGUGUUCUCGUGUGCUGCCCUCUAUCGACCGUCCUAAACUGGGUCGACGAGAUACACAAAUGGAUUGGACCUGUUACUAAUCAGAUCAAACAACGUAAAAUUAAAAGGAAACUACAGGUAUUUGAGCUAUCAAAGCUAAAGAAAACCUACGAACGAGCGUAUCAACUGGAAGACUGGUACAAUGGUGGCGGCAUAUUCAUCAUAGGGUACGAACUCUUCAGGAGCUUGACAACCCUGGACCCGUUCCUCGAUGACGUACGACCGACCAUCAUAAACAAGAUCCGCACAGCCCUACUGGACCCAGGGCCAGAUAUUAUAGUCUGCGAUGAAGGACAUCUCCUCAAAAAUGAUUGCUCAGUACUUGCCGUGGCCAUGAGCAGAGUCGUCACAAAAAGAAGAAUCAUCCUCACCGGAACACCGAUGCAGAAUAACCUGAGAGAGUAUUACUGCAUGGUCAACUUCGUCAAGCCUAAUUUACUUGGUACUUAUGCUGAGUAUUCUAAUCGGUUCGAAAAUCCAAUAAUGAACGGCCAGCACCGAGAUUCAAGUGACGAAGACAUCAAGUUGAUGAAGGCUCGUACUCAUAUUCUUCACAAAGUAUUAGAAGGCUGCUUGCAAAGGCAGGAGGCUUCAGUAUUGUACCCGUACUUGCCGAAGAAACACGAGUACACAGUGUUUAUAACUCUAACGCAAUGCCAAUGGGACUUGUACAAGCACUACUUGCAAAGUUACGCGAAGCAGUCCAAACAAAGCAUAUUGAAAGACUUCCAUAUACUACAGAAGAUAUGGUCGCAUCCACAAGUGCUUCAUAACUUCCAGACUAAAGCCCGCGAUCGGGCGGAGGCUAAUAAGUUGUUGAAAGCUGAAAAGUUGGAAGACGACCUAGCGACGGAGGACGUGGAGGACAUAAAGCCGAAUGUGUCGGAGGACCUGUGGUGGCUGGACUACCUGGACGGCGGCAGCAUGCUGGAGACGCUCGACAGCUCCAACAAGUUCGUCGUCGUCUUCAGGCUGCUGGACGAGUGUAUAGCGCUUGGUGAUAAAGUGCUGAUAUUCUCCACGUCGCUAUUCUGCCUGGACGGGCUGGAGUACUUCCUGAAGAAGAUGAAGAACUGGUCGCUAGGCAACGAGUACUACAGACUGGACGGCUCCGUACCGGCCGAGGUACGGCAGAAGUGGUGCCGGGAGUUCAACGCCGAUAGUAACACUAAAACUAAAUUGUUCCUGGUAUCGACCCGAGCUGGUUGCCUAGGCCUGAACAUGACGGCCGCCAACCGUGUGAUCAUCAUGGACACCUCUUGGAACCCCGCCCAUGACAUCCAGAGCAUCUUCCGAGUCUACCGCUUCGGGCAGAAGAAGGACUGCUACAUAUACCGGCUGGUCGCUAUGGGUACAAUGGAGCAGAAGAUAUACGAGCGCUCGGUGACGAAGCAGGCCGUCGCCUGCCGCGUCGUCGACGAGCAACAGAUCGACCGACACUACAACAGCGCCGAACUCACUGAGCUGUACUUGUACGACGAGGCGGGCGCGUGCGUGGCGGGCGGGGUGGCGGCGGGCGUGCGCGACGUGGCGCUGCUGCGCGUGGCGCGGGACGCCGUCUGUGCAGCCCGCACGCUGCACGCCGUGCACGCCGUGCACGAGCACGACUCGCUGCUGCGCGGCGAGCACGAGCAGGCGCUGCCCGAGCACGAGCGGAACGCCGUCUGGAUGCAGUUCCAGCAGGAACAACACCACAAACAUUUGGAAGGCGAGGUAGAUAGCAAACCACCAAAGAUAGCGUUAAAACGCAUUACUAACGCGGAGUCACAGAAACCGACGACUGAAGUUAAAACCGAACCAAAAGAUGAGGACUUCGUUCCCAAUGAACCUAAAGCUAAGAAAGGCAAGAAAUCAAGCGUCGCACAUAUAAAGAGCAGUAGUAAUAAUAAGAAAACUCCCCCUAAAUCAGGCACCAGUAAACAACCCGAGGAACCACCACCACCUUCACCACCACCGCCACCCUCUCAACCAUCCACUUCUUCCACCACCCAACCAACCCAAGAGGACAUCGCCGAGGAAAUCCUCGUCGACCAGAUCACAGACAUACUCCUCAAAUACAAUUUCCAAAAUAGAAAACGGAAACAUGUCGACAUUGUGCAUGUAGUAAUGAAAGUCAGAAAGAUUGUACAGAAAGGGUAUUUAGAGGAGAAAGACUGGGAGGAUGAUAUGACGGCCAAUAUAGCGCAGGUGUUGCUGCGGCAGGACACGACGCUGCCCAAGGUGAACGAUAUUGUCUGCGAGUCCAUCAACAACUCCGCAGCGCCCAACGCAGCGCUCGAAGACAACGAGGAGACAGACACAGUGUCCAAAACAAAUACCAACGAACGAACAAAGAGAAGAGCCGCCAUAGCAGCCGAAAAAAGUAUCGAUUCACUAUCAGAAGACGUCAUAAGCUUAGACGAUGAUGAAUGGACCGCUGAUACAGAAUUCAUUCCAGAUUCUCUAGAUAAAAGUUCUAGUAAAAGUAAGAAGAAGUUAAGGCAUUCCCCAAAAGUUGUAAGCAUGGAUGAAGAUACUUUGAGUGCUGAUGAACAGCCAGGAACUCUGUCAGAUACUAUGAUAUCUUCAGUUCAGUCUUUCAAGACAAGUGAUAAACCUAAGCCGCCAGAACCAGAGCCUAAAUUGGUUCCUAAAAAACCCAUUAGCGUUAAGAAGUCGAAGAAGGUAAUUAAAACGUACCGGCCAGCAGAAACCAAACCGCGGUCGGAAGAAACCGAACCGUGGUCGACAGAAACCCAACCGCACCUCGUAGAAAUGAGAUCGCGACCGGUAAAGAUUGCGCCGCGGCCAGAAACUAAACCACGACCGGUUGAAACUAAAUCUCAGCCCCCUAAAAUGCCAGAGAACCACGUUAAAGUUACGGAGCCAAUGGAGAGCAGUAUUACACUGAGUGAUGACGACGACAUCCCGGUGAACACUUCAGCUCCUUCUCAUAAUAUAAAAGAUAGAACACAUACUCCUGAAAAGCCAGACAAAGAUCAAAGUACAGUCGAUCUAGACGAUGAGAUAGUGCCUUUACCGAUGGCGUUGUUGAAGAACCAGAAUUUCAUAAACAUUGUUGCCCACACGUACCUAGUGGGCAACCCUAUGUUGGAUGAAGACGCGGCUACGCUGGCUGCCCAGUACAGUACGCUGAAAGCAUUCAAUGAGGCCGAGCAGACCGGGAAUCCCGUGUGCAGUGGACCUAUUUACGAUAUAGCUGUUAAGGUACUAGGUAAAGAUGUAAUGAAGAAGAUGAACAGCGGUAACCCUACAGCGGCGUCUGCCUCCGCCGACGAUGCUGCGACCAGCUUACAAAUGAAGGACCAGAUGAUUACGACACAGAAGACAUUUGAAGAGACUGCAAAGAAAUCCAAAGCUAAGAGCACAACCCUCAGGGAACAAAUGAUCAAAGACAAGUUGAAUGCGCACAUACACAGCGCGAAACAGAGAGUCGCCACGCCACCGCCUAGCGUCACUCCCUCCUCCAUUGUACCUGUUGGACUUAUCAGAACAACGGCCCGGGAGUCUCGUGUAGAGUGCAUCCUGCCGGACAAUGACGACAUCAUCAUCAGUGACGUACACUCCGCCGCCGCCCCGACACCCACUGUACCAGAGCCCAACGAGAUCACUCACAAGCCCAUUCUCUUAAACACUUUACUAUGCAGACAGGAAACACCUGCGGCCAAAGUAAAUCUCAGAACGACGCCAAUACAAACAGGGAUCCCGACUAAUAUAAUUCUCAAACCUGUCCGCAAUUAUACACAUAAAGUCAAACCGAUCCUCACGGACAGUAGCUCGACUCCAGUGAAGGCUCCACCCCCCGUUAGUGUCCCGGGCGCGCCUGCCCCGGCCCCGGGCGGCACCAUCUGCCUGGACAGCGACGACGAGGACGGGCCGGCGCCGGCGGCCGCGCCCGUGCCCGUGUCGCUCACCAGUGCACUAGCGCCCGGCCUCAAGCUCCCGUUACCGAACCAACUUGGUGUGACAAACCAAGUGCUACAAAACUGUACUGCAGCAACAACACAGAAGCUAGUGCUACGGCAAUUUCCCGCAGGGGACAGUACUCAAGCUAAAUAUGUUCUCAUACCCAGCGAUAAACUUCCCUUGCUUAAACUACCGCCAAAACAACAGACGGUUCCGAUCGCACCCAAGCCGUCACCGCUACAUCCGAAAGUGAAAGAUGACCUUUUUAGAAAGACGAUAACUGAAUCCAUCGUUCAAACCAAUAAAACUUUCAAAACUGGUGACGUACUCAGACUGACGAAAGAUGGAAAAAUUGAACUGAUAACCAAUAAGAAAACAGCGGACCCGCCUCAUUCCACCAAACCGCAAGUUGCAGUUUCUACAAAUACUAAUUCUGGGAUUGUAGACUUAACUGAACUACCGACCGCUAAUGGCGAAGUACUAAAAAAGAAACAAUCGUCUAAAAUAGAAAAAAAUACAGGUGUGAGUAAAGUGGAGGCGCGGAAAGCGCGGCAGAUAAGUGUAGCCAGCAGUAGUAGCAGUACGAGUAGCGCUGGCCGGGCCGCUAGUCCGGACAACCCGCUGUCCAUACUCAAGGAUGUAGUGCAUAUUAAAGCGACAGACUACCAGAGCAGUGACGCCGCGGCGAGACAUACUGCCACGCGACCUGACAAAAGUAAUCAGCGCGUCGGUGAGGCCAGUGCCACGAUAGCGGUGUCCCUGCAAGACGCGGCCAGUAACUCGAAAAGUAUUCUCAAGUUAACCAAAGUACCGAAAGACCAAGUCCCUAAGCACAUAGACCAGGCUGUGGAGAAAGAGAUAAGGAAAAAUGUUUAUGUUAAGAAAGCGACUACAAAUCCGCCUAAACCUAAGGAACAACCGAAACCGAGUAGUUCAACGACAACGACUAGUUCUAGCAAAGUUACGAGGGGCCCAGCUAGUAAAAAAGUUACUUCUAAACUACAAGCUCAAACUGUGGAUCUAACUAACUUGCCAUGGGUUGGAACGACAGUGAAAUCGAAGAACGAUGGUAAAAGGCAACCGACCACAGACACUACGCCUGCUAAAAAGAAAAGACCUGAACCAAUGACGCUAAAGGACUUCGAUUUGGACGACAUAGAUGACAUCAUAGAAUUGGAUUAGCAUUUGCUUAUCAUUGUUUCGGAGUGAUUGGGGUUCAAAUUUAUAUAGUUCUCUGUCUAUUUCGACACAAAGUGAAAAUUCAAAUAGUAUCAUGACUAUAAAAAAUUACAAGUGGUUUGACUUAGUGCGAUCAUAUCGGGUUUUAAAUAAAUUUUUACCAAUUUAAUAUUAUUUGUUAAAAAAGUGUUUUAACGACGGUUUUCAUUGCUCUGGAUACAUUAGAUAUAUGUGAUGAAAAUGAUUAUAUAUUAAAUCAUUUAGGAUUUUGUAAACGUAAAAUCAACACAGUAUUGAAAGUAGUCAUCAUGGCAGCUUGUCAUAAUAAUUUGAUUAUGUCGAUAUUAUAUCUGUACCCUUGAUUGGUUGGUUUAUUCGAGCCGGCCAAUCAGCGACGAACGCGCUCUCGUUUCGAUUACUUUAAACGUAAAGCAAACUCAUACUAAGGGUAUUGAAUAUAAGAAUAAAUUUAGAAAUUCGUUUCAUAAUUUAGUACCAUCAAAAUGUUAUUAUUUACACACAAACAAGAAUAUAAAAGGUAGAGUUUUUUUUUUUUAAUAUUCUGUAACCAAAUGUGAAUGUAAUCUCUGGGCGCUUUAAAUGUCUCUUGAUUUUCUUGCUAAAUUAGUAUUCUUCAGUUGUCUUGUAGUCUAUUACUAAAUAUCACGAAAGAUAUCUGUCUGUGAUUAACAGUUAAUUAACCGGGUUAUACAGUCUUCCGUCAAAAAUAUUGUAAUUAGGUUUCCAAAAUAAUUAAAAUUCAAUAAUAAUCAGUGAUUCUCAACUCUCUGACGUGUUACUUGGUGUCAUCGAAAUAUGACUUCUUCCAUUCUCCUUUAUCGGACGCCAUGGUACCACAUUCGCUUGUGUUGUCAUAGCAAGCGAGAUUGUUUAAGUGUAGUUUCUGUAUCAAAAGUUGAGAAUCACUGAUUAGUUAUUUUGAAUGACAAAAUGCCAAAUAUUUCUAUAGUUUUGUUAAAAAUAUCACAAAUCACAAUCUUUGUAAACCAUCACAAUUUUAGAUUAUUUCCUUGACUAUAAAAAUAACAAUAAAUUAGUUUUCACUUACUGUAAUACCUGUUAUGAAGAAAAAUCUAGCGCGAUUCUACACACCAACCAAUUGGUAUCACACUAAUUUUGAUAUCCAAGCUCACAUAAGCUGAAGAGUUAAUUUCAAAAGUAAAUUUCACUUGAAUUUGGUUCCGAAUUCUGGAAACAAUUAUUACGAAGUUUCGAGUCUCCUUUUGUACCGAUAUAUUAGUGGUAAUUGUUAACAGAACACAGUUUCUGCUUUAGAAACGAGCUCUUUCACUUAUGCGAACUUCGAUAUUGAAUUUCUGCCGUACUCAGUCAUUUAAUGAUUACUUAUACUGUUCCUUAGUAACGUUUUGAUCCGCAAUUGCUAAAUACUGGGUUAAAAAGCCAUUAAAUGACUCUGAGUACGGCGGUUAGUGUGUUAAAGAAUCGCACUGCUUCGUCGAGAUUUCAUAAAUGAUAAUGAAAAACAUAUGAAAAGUGUUAUCUUCUUUUCCUUGGACAUGGACCAACUAUAUUUAUGUAGUAUUACUAGUGAAACAGUGAAGUGCAACAGUCGGAAGUUUCAGAACUAACAAAUUUUAAAGUGAAUGACUUUAUUUCCUACUUCUUGGACAUUAAGAAGUUAAGUACACGUAUGUGGCUAGAUCUGAGGGCUUAAUACGAGUUUCCUUUACGCCUAAAGUAAUCAAAAUGAGAGCGCGUUCGGCGCUCUGAUUGGUUGGU